AUGGCGGAUCUCCUCUCCCGCUCCCAACAUGACAGCCUCGUUAUUCCCUUUGACAAGCAGUUCGAGCACCUCACCUUCAACAUAAACCUGAGGAUGAUUGCAGGGAAGAAGUUCUCGGACGCCGAGUUCGGCAUGGCAAGCUCCGAUGCCUGCCGCUUCAAGAAGGUGAUCGAGGACUUCCUGAACCUGAGCGGGGCUUUCUUCCUGUCGGACACGAUCCCGUGGCUCGAGUGGGCGGAUAUUCAAGGGCACGUGAGGGUGACGAAGGAGACGGGGAAGGAGCUCAACUAUGUCCUUGAUAAGUGGCUAAAGGAGCAUAUUGAGAGGAGGAAACGGAGAGGCAGACAUGAGAUGGAUGACGAAGAAGCCGAUAAUUUAUGGAGAUUCUGCUCGAGAGGGCUGUGUAAAAAACGAAUGCGACUCAAAAACCCAAGCGGGUCUGAGCCGAACUACCCCAAUUUUCAGGUUGUAGCAUUGUUAUUGAACAAUCCCCGCGCCCUGAAGCAUGCCCAAGAAGAGCUAGACACAGUCGUCGGACGGGAGCGGUGGGUCCAAGAAUCGGACAUCGGAAGCCUGAAAUAUCUCCAGGCCAUCGUGAAGGAGACUCUGCGUCUCUAUCCACCAGCUUCGUUAAUGGGUAUCCGCGAAGCCUUGGAGGAUUGUCACAUUGCUGGUUACUCCGUUCCUAGGGAUGCGCUUCUAUUAGUCAAUAUAUGGAAGCUUCAUAGAGACCCCACGAUGUGGUCCAACCCCGACGAAUUCUGCCCUGAGAGGUUCUUGAAGGAGCAUGAGAAGGUUGACAUCAGAGGCCAGAAUUUUCGAGUGCAUCCGUUUCAGUUCCGGACGAAGGUCGUGCCCGGGCGCCACGUUCGGGCUUCAACUGGUUCAUCUGACGCUGGCUCGCAUGCUGCAGGGUUUCAACAUGACGACUGUUGGGGACGGGCCAAUUGA